AUGAUUGUGUAUGGGAAGGCGUGCCAUUUACCGGUCGAGUUAGAGCAUCGGGCUCUUUGGGCACUCAAAACGGUGAAUUUAGAUUUGACCGAGGCCGCUAGGAAACGAUUUUUCCAAAUUCAUGAGUUGGAGGCGCUUCGUGACGCCGCGUAUGAUCGUUCGUGGGGCAUCAAGGAAAAGUCGAAAGCUUUGCAUGAUAGAAGGUUACGGAAGUUGAAAGAGUUUAAAGUAGGCGAUCAAGUGCUUUUAUUUAAUUCGAGAUUGAAGUUAAUUGCCGGAAAGUUGAAGUCGAGAUGGUCCGGGCCGUACGUAGUGAAGGAAGUUUUCCCGUAUGGUACCGUGGAGUUGUUUGAUGAAAAGAAUUCGAAUUCGUAG